CUCGGCUCCUGGAGAGCUGUGCCCCACGGGCUCUCCUCCUCCCCACCCGCUGGAGCAGCAGCAGCUCUGCUCUGGACAGCAUCCUCGGCAUCCCUGCUGAGAAACCGGCCAGCGUCCUGGACCAGCACCCACCAGCUGUUGCCACCAGUAAAAAAGAACAAGACCGCCUGUUGCGGUAUCAUCCUGACCAGCCCCCAAACCCCAAGGUUUUAAGAAUUGCCAUCAUUGGAGCACCCAAUGCUGGGAAGUCCACGCUCUCUAAUCAGCUGUUGGGCAGAAAGGUUUUCCCUGUCUCUCAGAAAGUGCACACGACGCGAUGCAAAGCCCGGGGUGUCAUCACGUACGAGGACACACAGCUGAUCAUUCUGGACACACCUGGCCUCACUAAUCCUCAUAAAGUCAAAAGACAUAAAUUAGAUGAAACUAUGCUGACAGACCCACAGGACAGCAUGAAACAUGCGGAUUUAGUUCUGGUUUUGGUGGACGUAUCGGAUCACUGGACACGAAACUCUCUGAGCAAAGAGGUGCUGAGGUGUCUUUCUGAGUUCCCCCAGAUCCCCAGUGUCCUGGUUCUGAACAAGGUGGAUCUGCUGAAGAAGAAGUACAUCCUGCUGGAACUGGCAACUGAGCUGACAGAGGGAGUUGUAAAUGGAAGGAAACUGGAAGUGAGAUCUGAAUUUAAACAGAAUUCCAGUUCUUCGGCAAAGCCUCCUCUUCAAAUCACUCAGGAUUCACCUGAGAGUAAGGCCCCUGAGUCUCACUGUCUGCAGGAGACGGAUCAAGCCCAGGACGGCUCAAGCUUGGACAGCAGCAACUCGAGGGCUUCCGAGUCCAGUCUUGCCACAGAAGAAGCACAAGGACCAAAGCGCUAUGGACCCAGAGAUCUAAAACGUAUGAAAGGCUGGCCGGGCUUCCAGGAGAUCUUCAUGCUGGCAGCUCUCCAUGGGGAGGAGGUGAACACGCUCAAG